UCCAUAAUUCUGUCUCAUCCUUUCAAUCCUAUAACCGUAUAUCUUUGAAUUUUAGUUUUAAAUUAUCUAAGAAAUCAGACAUCAUUUUUAUUUUUUAUGUGAAUUAAAUUUCUCUCCAAAUACUGACACAAAAUCCUCACUUUGAAACACUUCUUUGUUUCAUAGAGAUUUCUUUAUUCGAGGUCUGAGAUUAUGGAAUUUCAGCUGUCAGUCCCAAAAGUGUUUUGUUAUGACUGAUUUGACCACAGCUCUCCUGUUGUUGUUGUUGUCAUGUUAUAUGUUAAUGUGUCACAGUAAGUGACGUUUAAUUUGACGCAACCGCUUCUUUGAGAGAGAGAGAGAGAGAGAGAGAGAGAGCGUGUGUGUUGUGCCUUGGGCAAAGCGUGCAGAGAGACACGGACCAAAUAUGGGAGAUCACACUCCCUCCCACACACACACACACUCAGGCGCGUCAUUGGCUACUGGAACGAGGGAUAGAGAGAAGGGGUGAGGGGAGAGAGAGAGAGAGAGAGAGAGAGAGAGAGAGAGGCUCGGUCGGAGCUGCCGGAGGAGUCUCGGUGAACCACAGAAAGACUAACUGCUCCUCUGUCUCUGUGGUUGUGUGUCGGCGACGGCCGCGACACCUGAACAACAACCGGCUGUGAUCGACCCUAACCCCUGAACCACCAGCCCAUUCAGGGGGGACCAGAGGAGAAGGAGGCUCGGUCUGUGAAAUAGAGGAGGAGGAGGAGGAGGACAGAGAGAGGGGAGCAGCGGCAGCAGGCUGGCCGGGACGCGGAGCUUGACCGCGGGGAGAGCGACCGACGUCGCGGCCGCAGCGGCUUCAGAUCCAGAGAGAUCAACCAAAGUUUUUUCCUCAGUGAAGGCCAUCAUCCGAGUCUCAAACCGGGAUCGUCCACUGGUGCCAGCUUGCCCAAUCGCAGUGAUGCAGCGAGUGAUGUCGCAGAAGAAGAUAUUCGUGGUGGUUGUCAUCAUCAGCACCAUCAGUAUCCUGCUGCAGAAGGGGGGCCAUCUGAGCUGGACUAUGGAAUCCUUCCAGAUCGGUUGUCCUUCCACGCGUUUCCACUGUGGUCCGGAGUCGAAGCCUAAACACACAAACGUGGCGUUCCUCAAGACCCACAAAACAGCCAGCACCACCAUGCAGAAUCUGCUGUUCCGCUUUGCGGAGCGCCACAACCUGACGGUGGCGCUGCCUGUGCAGGGGUGUGGACACCAGUUCUGCUACCCGCAGUCUUUCACCACUCGCUUCGUGGAUCCACACACAGUGCCGCCCAACAUCAUCGCCAGUCACAUGCGAUUCAACAAGGCAGAGCUUCAGCGACUGAUGCCCGAGAACACAAUCUACAUUACAAUACUGCGAGAACCCGGCUCCAUGUUUGAGUCCUUGUUCAGUUACUACAACCAGUACUGUCCGAGCUUCAGGAGGGUUCCCAAUGGCUUACUGGAGGCCUUCCUAGAUGACCCGUGGCAUUUCUACCGCCCCUCUGAAAAGGACUCCAUGUACGCGCACAACACACUGACGCACGACUUAGGAGGAAAGAAGGAUCACCCUUCAACUGACCUAGCCUACGCCCAGGCUUUUAUAGAAGAGAUGGAGAAGGACUUCUCCCUGGUGAUGAUUACCGAGCACUUUGACGAAUCGCUAAUUCUUCUACGCCAUCUUCUCUCCUGGGACCUGGAGGACAUAGUCUAUUUGAAGCACAACAUGCGGACCUCAAACUCAAAGCAGAGCCUCACACCUAGCCUUAUCGCAAAGAUCCGCAACUGGAAUUUCUUAGACGCCAUACUUUAUGACUACUUCAACGCCUCACUGUGGCGCCAGCUGUCUGCUCUGGGUCCAGGUUUGUUGGCAAAUGAGUUGCGACUCCUGGAACAGGAACAGGGGCGGCUGGUCAAAAGCUGCUUCUCUGGGCAGAGCCCGAUUUUUCGUUCUGGGGAGGAGAUCCAGAACAAGGACCUUCGUCCGUUCAAGCCUAACAAGAAUGUUGACAUUGUGGGCUAUGAAAUACCGGAGAAUGUCGCCACCGGCCUUUCAAGGCAGGCCCAGGAACUCUGUCUCAAGCUCAUCAUGCCUGAAGUCCAGUACUCAAAUGCCCUUUUACGUAGCGAAUCACUGCGCCACCGUCGGAACAUGCAGUUCCGGUCCAUGCACGCUGCCCAGCAGUCGCUGCGCACAGCGGCUCAGCACGUCCAAGUGCAACGCAGCCAACAGCCUGCUGCCGACCCGGGUCCCGCCUCGGAGACAGGCAUCGCCUCGAACACAAACUCUGCCUCAGAGACACAAAGUCAAAGCGUGAAGGCAGGAACCAGAUCCUCACAGACUCAGUGACGGAAUGAACGUAGAGACUUGAACCUAAUCUGAGCGGCCACCACGUUGUUCCAGCCAUCAUUAUCUAAGAAAGUGGUGGGAGAACAGCGGGGCGUCCUUGUUGAAGAGGAGGUUGUUCUUGAACCGUUGUUUCUCCUUCACCUCCCAGACAUCUGUGAGCUUUAAACAUAAAAUGAGGGACGUGGGAUUCUCAAUGAGCCCAGCUUGAGUUUUUAAUCUUCUCCCUUCUUCUGACUUCUGAACCUGUAUGAGCCUCAGCAGACACAGACACUGCAGACGUCCACCCUGGUACUGGUCUCAGCCGCGCACCUCUCCACCACUGACAAAUGCUGUAAAGGACUUCUUUCUUUUUUUUCCCCCCCUUUGGAGCAAAGUUUCUAAGGGAAGUGGAGAUUUCUGGCCUAUUGUGAGGCUGAUAUCUGAUUUGAAUCAGACUGGUGAAGUAUCACCUUACAUGCUUUCUCCCUCAGAGUCUCUCUCUCUCUCUCCUCUGUUUAACACCUGCCACUUGAAGUCCCGCAGAGAGACAUGAUGACAUAAAGGGGCUCAGCUAUCAGGUCUGAAGAGCCUCUUAAGGACCAGGCCGACACUAACAUGACCUGCACCAAACAAACAUUGCUUGCACCAGCAGAAUUUCUGAGUCAGGCAAAAAGAAAAAAAUUAACAAAAUCUUUUGUGGGGCCAAAUAAAUUAACAAAAAAAAAAAAAAAGAACAUUCGACAUGUAAAAAUGUUAAUGACAAAAACAUUUUGUUAGAGGUAUUUGGAUGCAGCCGUUACCGGCUUUUACCAU